GUCAGGGAAGGGCGGUUUGGACUGGCAGAGACGAAACAGCUUUUGGGUUUUAGGGGAGGUUUUGUGUGAGUGUGUGUGUGUGUGUGCGUGUUUCGGGAGGCUCGUCCUGUUCCCCCGUCUCCUGUUCAAGACUACUGCUGCUGUGGCAACGAGUGAGAGACGUUCAGGCACCUGGCGGGGAAGGCGGUGUUGGGCUCCAUCACAGCUGUGGAGUUCUUCUCCGACCGCAGGCUGGACUUCCUGAGUGACGACGGAGCCUACCAGCCCUAUCAGGAUGAAGCAGACAGCUUGAGUCCUGUUCUCAGGGACAACCAGCAGCUUCAUGAAGAAGUGAAAGCCUGGGUCAAAGACCAAAAGGUUCAGGAAAUUUUUAUGCAAGGUCCCUACUCGUUAAAUGGCUACAGAGUACGCGUCUACAGGCAGGACUCGGCCACACAGUGGUUUACAGGCAUCAUCACCCACCACGACCUCUUCAGUCGCACUAUGGUGGUGAUGAACGAUCAGGUACUGGAACCGCAGAAUGUCGACCCCUCUAUGGUACAGAUGACUUUUCUGGAUGACGUCGUCCACUCUUUGCUGAAAGGAGAGAACAUAGGCAUCACAUGCAGGCGCAGGUCUCGCUCUAGCACCAACAGCAGUACAGCCCACACGUCAGGAGGGAGACCCACCACCACCGCAGGAGGCACUCAGGGUCACUAUACACGAGCCCAGGCUAACAGCCCUAGACCAGUAAUGAACUCGUCUAGCUCCACCCCCAAGCAGGCUGGCCAAUCCCAGCAGCAGCAGCAGCAGCUAUCCCAGCAGGCCCAGCAGCAGCAGCAGCAGCCAACUCAUCAGCACCAGCAGCAGCAGCAGCAGCAACAACAACAACAACCGCAGUCGUCGCCGGGGCAACAGCGAGGCUCGCGCUCCUCGCGGCGCAAGGGCUCCGACAGCAGCGUCCCCGACGACGACAGCAACAACAAGGUCAAAGAGGAGAAGCCCGACGUCACGGCACGAGGAGACUUCAGCUCCAAGAGCAAGAGCAAGCAGACGGCCAGCCGGAGGCGGAAGGUGGAGGAGGACGAGAAGAAGAGCAGCGCGCUGAAGCGUCUGAAGACGGAAGCCUCGGACCAGUCGGAGAGCAGCGACUCGGAGAACUCGCAGAGGCGAGGGCGCGCCUCGGCCGACUCUUCCUCCUCGUCCUCCUCCUCGUCCUCCUCGUCCUCGGAGCCCAGCUCGGAGAACGAGCUGCGGGGGAAGAGCAUCAAGGAGGAGCUGCCGUCGCCUCCUCCUCCGCCCGAGCAGCGGCCCUCCAGGACUCAGGAGGAGGACCGCGACCGGGAACGGGAACGGGAGCUGCGGGAUCGGGAGCAGCGGGAACGGGAGCAUCGGGAGCAGCGGGAGCGCGAGCAGGCCCUGAUUGGCCGCCUGUCGCCGUGGGACACCCUCCGGCCGGAGGAGAAGAGCAGCAAAGCGGCGGCGGUCGCCGUGGAGACGCUGCAGCUGGCCGAGGGCGAGAGGAGGUCGCCGCGGUCGCCGCGGCCACCGCAUCCCAGCGGCCCCGCCCCCGUCGCCACGGAAACGCAAGGCAGCGGCGGUGCUAGCGGCGGGAACAUCGGCGGCGGCGGCGGCAGCAGUGGCGGUUGCAUCGUGGACAUGAGGAGCACGGGGCGCAGUCCGGCCAAGGAGCACUACGGCCUGACCGUUCCCAUUCCGCAGCGCACGCAGGCGGCCAAGCAGGCCUCGCUGUGCGUCAUCGACAUCACGGAGGACGCCGGCGCGCACCCCAGCUCGCGGGAGAGCUCGGAGGCCGUGUCGGCUCUGCUCGCGUCCCAGAAGGCCGAGCGGUACACGCCCGAGCCCAGACACUUGGUGCUGACCCCCACGCCUACGGACCUCAGGAAAGGGGACAACGAGCCGCCGCAGCAGCAUCAUCAACAACAACAUCAACAUCCACAUCAUCAUCAUCAUCAACAACAACAACAACAACAACAACAGCACCACCUCCACCACCCCCACCACCCCCACCACCACUUGCACCACAUGCACCAGCCGCAGGUGGUGCGCAGCAGCCAGGGGGUGAAGCUGGAGUUCGGCCACCUGGAGGUGAUCCAGCCGCUGAGCGCCAAGAGCGAGUCCGCGGCGGCGCUGGCCGAGCGGGCGGAGCGGGAGAAGCUGUCGGCGCAGCAGUACGCCGCCAUCGUGCCCUCGUGCAUCAAGAGCGCCGCCAUCGCCGAGGAGACGCGCCGGCCCCAGCGGCCGAGCCCCUCGCCGGACGCCACCAAGCCGCCGCCUCCCCCCCCCUCCCCCCUCCAGGGCCGCCUGCACGGCCACCCCAACCGCAACCCGUCGCCCGAGCUCCACAAGCCCCUCCUCCACCACCACCACCCGCCACCGCACCACCAUCACCACCAGCACCACCAGCACCACGCCAGCCUCUCCGCCCUGGACGCGCCGGCCAAGUCCAAGUCGCUGGCCGUGGGCACGCUGGAGUCGCCCAAGCCGCGGCCCAACACGUCUCCGGAAGUUUCCAAACACAAAACGGCACAGCGGCACCCCGGGCAGGACGGCCCGCCGCACAACAGCUUCCCGCCGUCGUCGUCUUCGUCUUCGUCUUCGUCGUCUUCGUCGUUGGCAUCGUUGGCGUCGCCCUCGUCUGGGCGCGGUGGCGUGUGCAAGCGGGAGCCGUCUCCCUCCCCGGCGGGGCCCGUGCGCUCCAGCUUCAAGCCGGUGCAGGGCCGCUGCGAGCUGGCCAAGAGCCCGCUGAUCAUCGACAAGAACGAGCACUUCACCGUCUACCGCGACCCGGCGCUGGUGCGGCCCGAGUCCGAGCCCUCCGCCUCCUCCUCGUCCUCGUCGGCCGCCGCCGCCGCCGCCGCCGCCGCCGCUAACCACCACGUGGCGUACCUGCACUCGCACCUGCACCCGCUCCACGGCUCCCAGCACGCCACCUGCCUCACGGCCGGCGCGCACCACCCCUCGCACCUGCUCGCGCCGCCGCCGGCCUCCAUCAACCCGCACGCCGCGCCGCCCUCCCACGCCAUGCACCACCCGCACCUGAUGCCCGGCGUGGGCGUGGGGGUGGGCGUGCUGCCCUCCUCACUCCUGGGGGGCCACGCGCGGGUGGACUCGGGGGGGCUCAGCCAGCACCUGGCCAUGGCGGCGGCCGCAGCGCAGGCACAGGCACAGGCACAGGCACAGGCACAGGCGCACCACCACCCGCACCAGCACGCGCACCCUCACGCGCACCAGCACCAGCAGCAGCAGUUCCUCUCCCCGCAGCACCAGGGCCCCGCCGGGGCGCCCUACAACCUGUACCCCAUCAUCUGGCCCUACCCCAACGGCGGACCCCACUCCUACCCGCCCGGCCUCGGCCUGCCCGUCAGCUCCGACAGCAGUCUGCGGAGGAACACGCCGAGCCCUUGGCUUCACCAGCACCCGCCGGUCUCGUCGGCCGACGGCCUCGCGCUCCUGAGCCACGUCCCGGGCAGACCGGCCAGCGCCGACCCCCACCGGCCCCUCAAGAUCGGCUCCCACGCCAGCCCGCCGCUCUGCAAGAGCGCCGGAGAGCUCCACAAAGAGGAGCUGGAGAAGAAGGCCUUCGCCGACCACAUGGGUAGCCUAGCAACGGCCCACCUGAAGCAGGAGCCGGACCGCAGCCGCACGCCGACGGGCAAGGAGCUCCAUCACCGCGGCUACCUGGACCCUCCGUCCAAAGCGCCGCGCCUGGUCCCGCCGCCGGACGCCUCGGAACGCGCCAGCAAGUACAAGGAGGAGAACCGGCGCAUCCUGCAGGAGAGCCGCGACGUGGCGCCCUUCACCGCCAAGCUGCGGCCGAACGAGUGCGAGCGCGAGCCCCCGUACCCCCGCAUGCCUCACCAGCCGCUCCCCGGCUCCGGCGGGUCAAUAGCGCCCCCUGGUGGCGCCCCCAAAUCCCACAGUGCGCCCUCGGCGGGCCCCGUGGAUCGGGACGCGUCCGAGCACCGGCCGCCCUCGGCCUCGGAGCUGUACAAGUUCAAGCCGCAGAGCAACUACUUCACCACGCUGUCCAAUAGCGUGGUGAACGAGCCGCCGCGCCUCUACCCCUCCAAGGAGCUCAACUCCCCGUGCCACUCCUUCUUCGAUAAGGUCGUGGGGACCCCCUCGUCCUCCCCGAGCCCCUUGUCCCUCGGCUUUGUCGGCGGCGGUGGUGGUGGUGUGACAGGGUCAGGAGGAGGAGGAGGAGGAGGAGGAGGAGGAGGGGGCAACAGCGGAGGCUCGAAGUCCCUCUCGAAGCCCCCGCCGCUUAUCAAGCACCAGCCGGAGGGGGAGGGUCUGGUGGGCAAGAUCACGGAGCAGCUGUCCCAGCAGGCGGCCGCUGCGCUGCACCCCAUUGGCUGCCCUCCUCAGGGAGGGGCGGAGCCUCGCCGUAGCCCCGCCCUCUCGCCGCCGGGUCAGCUGCGCAUGCCGGCGUUGCACCGCGCGCCCGUCUUCCACCCGCCCACCCAGCAGACGCUGGACCAGCGCAAGGAGGCGGCCAACUACGGGCGCCUCUCGCCACCGACGCUCACCCCCAUCCAGCCCGUCUGCGUGGCCGGGAAGCUUCCGGAACAGCAGAAGCCGCCCACGCUGCUGCCCGAGCUGCGGGAGGUGAAGAGCGGCGGGAUGGAGCUGGCCGGGGGGGCCGGGGAGCCCUGGCGGGUCGGGACGGACGUCGCCGGGCACGAGGGGGGACGAGGGGGCGCGUGGCACGGCGAGAAGAGCCGCACCAGCAAGCCUCAGGGCGCCACGGCGUCGGUUAUCGUGCGGCCGUCCACCUGCAUCAAGUACGACGGGGGCUCGUCCGGGAUCAAGGCCUCCGCAGCCGCCGCGGCCCGGGAGAUUAACGAGAUCGGGAAGCCGUUCGCGGUCAAGUCUCAGGCGGACGGUCUGAAGCUGGCGGAGACGAGGGACAUGACGGGGAGGGUCAUCCUCCCCAACACCAACCUGGAGGACGCCUGCGCGCAGUACAGGAAGAGCAUGAUCCGCACGUCUCAGGCCGGCCCGGCCAGCCCCGUGGUGGCGCUGGUCAACUCUGUGUGCAAUACGCGGACCGAAGUGACCACUUCCUCCGCGACCUCCGCUGCCGCCUUUAGCGUCUUUAGCCGCGGCGGUGGCUCGGACCUCUGUUUCCCCGCUAGCACGAACGCUAACUUUAACGCUAACGCUCACGCUUACGGCGGCGGCAGGACUGAUGGCUCCACGCCCAGGCUGUGGCCUCUGGAGGUUCAGGAGGGUGGGGGGGGCUCCAGGACCACGUCCCCCAACGACGCGCUCCCCUCCUCCGGCACGGCCUCCCCGGCGCUGCAGCAGCAGCAGCAGCAGCAGCAGGCGUACCCCGGGAACUUCCACCUGAAGAAGCACAAGGCAGCGCUGGCCGCGGCACAGUCCAGGGGUCUGGGGACCCCCGAAAACGAGCGCCCGCCGCUCGGCCCCUCGCCCCCCGGCGCUCCGAUACAGGACGCCAGCUCGGCAGCGGCAGCAACAGCUGCUUCUGCGGCGGGGGCACAGCCGCCCGUGAACAACGUGGCGGCUAAAGGCGGCGGCGCCGCCAUGCCCAACGGGCAGUCGUCGACGCCGCCGCCGCCCCCCAUCCAGCCCAACUACCACAAGCUGAAGAAGGCGUGGCUGACGCGGCACUCGGAGGAGGACCGGAACACCAACCCGCCCGAGAAGCCCGGCGGCAGCUCCUCGUCCGCCGCGUCCACGCCCACCUCCGAGAUCAUCAAGCCCUGCACCGUCCACCUGAUCGCCUCCACCUCCUCCACCUCCACCUCCUCCUCCUCCGGCGAGGCCACCGACUCCGGCAAGGAGGGCAAGGAGGCCGGCUCCGAGGACGGCGGUAGCGGCGGCGGCAGCCAGAAGUCGAGCCCGGAGGAGGACCGGCGGACGCGACGCGGCGGCUCCAAGCGGGCGUACGAGUCGGGCUCGGAGAGCGGCGAGGACUCGGACGCCAGCGAAGGCACCAAGAUGGCGCAGCGGGCCAAGCGGCAGCCCAAGCCCACCUUCAAGAAGAAGCAGAACGACAUGCAGCGCCGCAAGGAGGACGACGACAACAAGCCCAACGGAAUAUUCCGCAGCGCCCGCGAGAAGACCAAGCUCAAGCUGGCCAGCAGCAAUGGCAUCCCGCGCUCGGUGCUGAAGGACUGGCGUAAGGUGAAGAAGCUGAAGCAGACGGGGGAGUCGUUCCUGCAGGACGACUCGUGCUCUGAGAUCGGGCCCAACCUGCAGAAGUGCCGCGAGUGCCGCGUGCUGCGCAGCAAGAAGGGGGAGGAGCCAGCACACUCGCCCGUCUUCUGCCGCUUCUACUACUUCCGCCGGCUCUCGUACAGCAAGAACGGCGUGAUCCGCAUCGACGGCUUCUCGUCCCCGGACCAGUACGACGACGAGGCGGUGAGCCUCUGGGCUCCGGACAUGUACGAGGAGAACGAGCUGGACCUGGACACCUCCAAGUACAUCCUCAGCUACAUCGGAGACAAGUUCUGCCAGCUCGUCACCACCGAGAACACGGCGGCCAGCUGGGUCAAGAAAGAUGCUAAGAUAGCGUGGAAGCGUGCGGUGCGCGGCGUGAGGGAGAUGUGUGACGCGUGCGAGGCCACGCUCUUCAACAUCCACUGGGUCUGCCAGAAGUGCGGCUUCGUCGUCUGCCUGGACUGCUACAAGGCCAAGGAGAGGAAGAGCUCCAAAGACAAAGAGCUCUAUGCCUGGCUGAAGUGUGUGAAGGGCCAACCCCACGACCACAAGCACCUGAUGCCAACUCAGAUCAUCCCUGGAACGGUGCUGACCGACCUGGUGAAUGCCAUGCACGGUCUGAGGGAGAAGUAUGGCAUCCGCACCCACUGUGUCUGCGCCGCUAGCAAGCAGACAGCGCUGUUGGGCAAGCUGCCCUCCACCAACGGAGUCUCCCAGGUGCUGCAGAAUGUGUUGAACCACAGCAACAAGAUCUCGCUGUGUAAGCCCGAGGGCCCGCCCACAAACGCCACGCCCAAGCUGGAGACCAAUGGCGGCGGAGCAGGAAGUCCGGCCAGCGACGCGGGCAGCGACCCCAAGCUGACCCCGCCCGAGUCCCAGUCCCCGCUACACUUCCUGGCCGACCUGGCGGAGCAGAAGUCCCGCGAGGAGAAGAAAGAGAACAAGGAGUCGGUGAAGAGUGUGAAGGAGGAGGUGGGUGAGGCGGUGGAGGCGCUGCACUGCAAGGCCACGUCUCUGGUGUCGGGGGGCAGUGAACAGGGCUCCACGCUGCGGGACCUGCUGACCACCACGGCCGGCAAGCUGCGCCUGGGCUCCACCGACGCUGGCAUCGCCUUCGCCCCCGUCUACUCCACCGCCACGCAGACGGGCAAGACGGGCCGCAGCGUGCCCAACAUCCUGGACGACAUCAUCGCCUCGGUGGUGGAGAACAAGAUCCCGGCGAGCCGCGGCGCCAAGCUGGCGCUGAAGCAGGAGCCCGUCGCCGAGGAGACCAGGGGACUCGAGCGCAAGCCGUCGCGGCCGGCGGCGGUGACGACGCCGACGAUGAUCCCGAUGGCGGACGAGCCCCCGGCGGCGGCGGCGGUGCAGAAGCUGCAGGCGGACAUCGCCCACUGCUGGCUGUACGGGCAGAAGAUGCUCUGGCUCAAGGACCACCGCAACUCCUGCAACUGGAGGCUCUUCAGAGAGUGCUGGAAGCAGGGCCAGCCUGUGCUGGUGUCCGGCGUUCACAAGAAGCUGAAUGCCAGCCUGUGGAAGGCCGAGUCCUUCAACCAGGAGUUUGCUGACCACCAAGGGGACCUGCUCAACUGCAAAGACAGCGUCGUCAUCUCCAACUCAGGCAUCAAAGAGUUCUGGGAUGGUUUUGAGGACCUAACAAAGCGGCCCAAGUGCAAGGACGGAGAGCCCAUGGUGUACCGGCUCAAGGACUGGCCGUCAGGAGAGGAGUUCAUGGCCCUCAUGCCAUCCAGGUAUGAUGACCUGAUGAAGAACCUGCCCCUCCCGGAGUACUCGGACCCUGAAGGGAACCUCAACCUGGCGUCCCAUCUGCCCUCCUUCUUCGUGCGGCCGGACCUGGGGCCCCGCCUGUGCUGUGCAUACGGAGUGGCCGCUUCCCAGGAGCAGGACUUCGGCACGGCCAACCUGCACGUGGAGGUGUCCGACAUCGUCAGCGUGCUAGUCUACGUGGGCGUCGCCAAGGGCAACGGCGUCCUCUCCAAAACAGGUGUUCUGAAGCGGCUAGAGGAGGAGGAUCUGGACGAGCAGGUGAAGCGCCGGCUGAAGGACUCGAGCGAGACGCCCGGGGCGCUGUGGCACAUCUACGUCAGCAAGGAUGUGGACAAGAUCAAAGAGUUCCUGCACAAGGUGGCUAAGGAGCAGGGCGGCGAGAUCCCUGCGGAGCAGGACCCGCUGCGUGAGCAAGGCUGGUACCUGACGCGGAAGCUGCGUCAGCGUCUGCUGGAGGAGCACGGGGUGCAGGGCUGGACCGUAGUGCAGUUCCUGGGGGACUCCGUCCUCAUCCCCGCCGGCGCCCUGCACCAGGUGCAGAACUUGCACAGCUGUGUGCAGGUCAUCAACGACUUCGUGUCUCCGGAACACGUAGCGCACUCGUUCCGUCUCACCCAGGAGCUGCGCGCCUCAAAAGAGGAAAUCAACUACGAAGAUAAGCUACAGGUAAAUAAUACACACAUAACUACGAAGAUAAGCUACAGGUAAAUAAUACACACAUAACUACGAAGAUAAGCUACAGGUAAAUAAUACAUACAUCAGAACACAUUUGAUUCAUAAAGUAGGUUUCAAGACACCAAAGUUUGCUUCACAAAUGAAACAAAACAAACAAACAAACAAACAAACAAACAAACACACCGUACCAUACAUCCACCAUAUGGUAUCCAUACAUCCACCAUACGGCAUCCAUACAUCCACCAUAUAGUAUCCAUACAUCCACCAUGCAUACAUUUGUUUCAGGCUCCCCAUUCCUCUCUGCCUGUUUGUCAGUUGUUCAGUUUCAUUGUCGUCUUUUCUGAGUUUCUGUCUGUCUGUCCUUAAUGUCAAUGAAUGAAGAACUUAAUCCCGCCUUAUCUGCUAUUAAGUUCUGUGAAAAAUAAAAAUAACAACGUUGUCUUGGUGAUGAUAGUAGCAAUGAUGAUAUACUGUAGCUGGUUGACACCCUGGUGGUUACUGAGGCAACGCUUUUUUUUCUGAGACCACCAUUCACUGUGUGAUGCGCAUCAGUUCAGCCCAGCAGAGUGUAGAUGGCCACUAAUGAGAAAAAAUAUCAUUUCUGCUCCACAGGAGCUUGCUCUCUCUGUGUGUGUGUGUGUGUGUGUGUGUGUGUGUGUUUGUAUUUAAUGGGUCACACAGGAUUCAUUGAGAGGCGUAAUGGCAGCUAUUUAAUGUGCCAUGAUUUUGUUACUUUGGUCAGGGCUCCGUUUU